GUUUUAUGCGACGCAUUGUUGUUUACAGUUUAUGCAAAGGUGUUGUUCUGUACAUUUUGACAAAAAAUUCCAAUUUGGCAGUAUAAAUAAUUCACUCAAUUCGUCUGUGGUUUGAUAUCUCUAAGCUUUUGUAAUGACUAACUAAAAUCGUUUAAUGGGGAAACUUUUAUUUUGGUGUAGCUUUUUUUGUUUAUAUCUACUCAAUAGAUCUUGUAACAAAUGAGAACAGAGGGUACUUACUAAUGACAACGAUUCAAUAUUUGAAAAUUUCCUCGUUCUUCUUUAGCUUGGCCCGCCCAACAAUUUGUUUGUAGCUCCGCCACUGCCAAAAUCAACGCUAUUGUGGCUUUCCGUUCAAGUACUAAUCCAGCAGUUCUUGUUUCUGCCAAGACUAGAGUAGUGAAGAUGUGGCGGCGGCCGCAAGCUGUCCUGUUUCGCGUCUUGCCAGUGAACCUGUCACCAGCGGCAUGGGCCAGUGGUGGGGCGAGCUACCAUGGCUCCUCACCAGAAGGGGGGAAGGCAAAGGCGGCUCCUUUGCAGGCACGUGGGAUGGUGGACAGGUUCCGGCUACUUGCCAGGGGUGGCGAUGGUGGCAAUGGCUGCAUCAGCCAAAGGCGCUCCAGGUCUGACCGCCAAGGGAGGCCCGAUGGUGGCGAUGGAGGAACAGGUGGUAAUGUCAUUCUUGAGUGCUCAAGAUCUGUCUGGGAUUUCAGUAACUUGCAACAUCACACGAAAGCAGUCCGAGGAGGCAAUGGACUUUCUAAGAAACAGAUAGGGACAAGAGGUCCUGACAAGGUCGCACAAGUACCAGUUGGCACAGUGAUUCAUCUAGUCCGAGGGGAGCGACCGUCUUUCACUGUAAAUAAACCGACCAGAUCUCUAGAUCCCUGGGAUAUUCCAGAUGCUGUGGAUGCCUCUGCAGACAGUUCCAAUCAGAAGAACAAGGAUGACAUUGAUGGAAAUGAAGCUGAAAGAGAAAGUAGCAAUCAGUGGGAGAAGCAAACAUACCCUAGUACAUGCUCCAAGACUGGUUUUUCGAAAGCUGAAGAUAGUGAUGCAAGUAGCUUUCAACAUCAGGUCGAGUUGGAUGAAAAUGAUCAGUUUGAUGACGACGAUGAAGAAUUUUGGGAGGAUGAAGACGAGACAGAGGAAGAGGCUCUAGAUGCAGAUGAGGAGAAGGAAGAAGAUGACAUACAGUAUUCUGUUGCUGAAAUGACAAGACCUGGGCAACGGUUGAUCGUAGCACAUGGAGGGGAGGGUGGGCUAGGGAAUGCUUCUAUCGGCAGGGACGUCCGUCUAUCCAAAGGAAAUAGACAAGAGGAGGUAGCCUGUUUAAGUACUGGACAGCCAGGAACAGAGUCUUUUCUUGUCUUAGAACUGAAGAGCAUUGCUGAUGUUGGCCUCGUUGGUUUGCCUAAUGCUGGAAAGAGCACACUUCUGAGUGCUCUCUCUAGGGCUCGCCCGGAGAUCGCUGACUAUGCAUUCACCACACUAAGGCCCAAUAUUGGUAGCCUAACCUACGACGACUACUUGUCAGUGAAAGUUGCUGACAUACCUGGUCUAUAAAGUGCUGUCACCACACUGCU